UUGCCCGUGGUCGGAGCGGUGCAAAGAACGAAAACGAAAAUCUUGAAACGGUUGAAGAAGUUGUGAAAACGAUUUCUAAUUGAUAGAAAAAAAAGGAGAAAGCGAACUCAAAUUUAAUAAAAAACAGGAGCUGAUUUUGAAUUAAAUCAAUAAAAAGUGCAAGAAAAUGUGGCCAGUUGUGUUUAAGGCAGGCAGCGAAGGCGUGCAAUAAUGUGCCAGCAGGACAUACUUCAGUGCAGCUGAACUAAGAGUAGCAAAAAAAAAACCAGGCAAAUUUAGUGGCACAGUGGCAGUUAACCUACAGCGAAUUGGCCUGUAUUACAUUGCGUGGACCAAUUUGUGUGCAUAAAUGGGUGUGUGAGCGUUUUUUGCGUAUGCGAAUGCGGCUGCUGGAGGCCCCCCGCCCCCCCUAUUCGCUGUGACCGAGUGACCGAAAAAUUGCCUGCGUAAGUUGGCUACAGCGCCUUAAUUAAAAUUUAUGACUGUCAAUGAAAACGAAAAAUUAGCGCAACACGCAAGCAAACACAGGCGAAAAGCCAACGCUGCCCAACUGCUAGGAAAAAUCAAUAUUGCAAACAUUUUUCGUGACCAUCAAAAAACUCGGCUAGGAUGUUUGUUUAAAAUGCGCUGAAGUGAGGGUGAAAGUAUGAAAAUAAACUAAAAGUAAAAUACAAAAAAAAAAAAUACAACAACAAAAAAGUCAGUUAUAUAAAUCACUUAAAAAACACCUUAAUGUAUAGUGGCGGUGUUAUUUAGGCUUAGCCAGCAUUUUUUAAUCCAACGUCGACUAUCGGAAUUAAUCGCACGAGUUUUUUUAGUGUUUGUGCGCUUAGCUGUGUGUGACUGACAUAUGCUACAAUCGAUAGCGAGACGACAGCUAACUAAAACACAUUGUAGCUGUCAACGUGCUAAAAGGCAAUACAUAUACACACAUACAUAGAGACAAACUGGCUGUCGAUUUGUACACCCACGCCUAGGUGGCUGGCGAAUGUGUUUGGCGAAGGAAUUUGACGGUGGCCAGAGAAUUGUAGAAAUUUUUAGCGCACAAAGCGUUGCUUGCAUCCAACAUUAAGUGCGAAUAAAAAGUGGAAUAAAAAACGCUAAAUCAGAAAUCAAAACUAAGUCACUUAACUUAGCAGAAUUUUGAAAAACUUCGCCAACAAACUACAAUCAAGCAGAACGGCAAAGGCAACGUCAGCCAAAAACUCGCUUGCUCACCUAAAAACUGCUCAUACUAACUGCCAAGCGUGAAUCGCGCUUCGUCUCACUCACUAGCAACAGCCCACCACCACCACAAUGGGUAAGAAAAAGGUGCCUAGCGAGGACCUUAUCGUCCCACCGCAGGAUCAGCGCAUUUGUGGCACCAUUUGUGUGUGUCAAAUGACGCUUGUGCUCAGUUCGGUGGCGCUAGUCUAUCUAACUGUCGCCAUUUAUAUGCCAUCGACUCGCGCCUUCAAGAGCGGCAUCGAUCCAACGCCCGUCAUGUGCACCACCACACGCGCCGUCAACAAGGACAAUUGCGAAUGGGGUUCGUGCGGUGAAUGGUGUCUGAGCAAGACCUCCGGCGCCUGCAUACAAAUCUAUGUAAAUUUGCGCAGCAACGGCACCAAUCUCACAUUCCAGAAUUGUACAAAUUCGGCGAAUAAGACGUGCUAUGGCAUCGAUCAGGACCGCGCCGAUAAGGCGCGUUGCAUUAAUGAUGAGUGUAAAAAUUUGACGGGCACAUUCAAUUGUACCGAAGGUCAAUGCCUAAAUAUAACCGAUGCAUUUGAGUGUGUUUUCAAGAAUAGCGAUUCGCCGGUUAAGUGUUCGGGUCGACGGGGGAAAAUCAAUUGUAUGGAUAUAAACGGUUUGUAUUCGUGUAAUCGUGGUACGUGUCGUAAGAUACGCACCCCCUACAAUUGUGAUCGUCGCUGUGUCGAUAUACCGACACGCAAUAAGAAUGUUGUAGUGUUAAGCGGUGAUAAAGUGUAUUUGUCGCAGUGUCAGAAUGCCAUCAAUGCCGAAACGAAAGAGGAGGUGUGGAACGAAUCGGCCGAUAAUGUUGUGAUGGCAUCGUGUUAUUUCAUUAAGAAUACAUCGGAUCGCGUUGAGGCCGUGGAUUGCAUUAAUGGUUCGACGCUUGAGCACAAUAUGCUCACCGAUUUGACGAAUUUCACUUAUUUGAGUCAUUUGCACAUAUCGGUCUCGGUGCCGACACCCGAAAUAGCGCCACCCGAUUUCGAUUUGACCAUUUCGAAUGAAUCGAAAUUGAUGAUAAAUCUGGAGGGUUGUGUGAAUACGCUGAUGGAUGAGUGCAAGGAAUUCUUGAAGGAUUUCGGCCGUGAUGGCAGCGAUCAUAAUGCACGCGCGCGUUUUCCUUGCUUUUAUUCGCCCUCGAAGAAGGAGAUUGUUGUGGCACGUUUCGAUUUGGAGGUUACCUAUCGUCAGUUUGUGAUUGCCUCGGUGGUGCCAUCGGUGUUGUUUGUCGUUUCGUGUCUGGUGCUGCUGCUCUGCCAGAAGACUGUCUAUGUGGGUGAUGAUGCGAAAAUGCGGUUCAAAGGUUGUGUGGAUACGGAUACGAUAUUGGCGAAAAAUAAUAUAGGUUCACAAAAUAAUUUGGGCGAUACUGGUGGAGGGGGAGGCGACGAUGUAAUGGCACUAUGAGAUCCGUCACGCAUUCCUCUGCUCCAAGAAGACAGUCCAGUACAUCAGGCCGGAGUGUUUGCUAUGCAAUAGAGCGUGCAAACAGGUUAACUGUAACAACAACAACAACAACAUUCUUAUACCAUACUCACUUCACUAACUCAAUUCAAAAAGAAACCAAGAAAAAAAAUAUAAAAAAGUAUUUUAUUCAGCCCACUAAAAAAAAUAAAUAAAUUACACUACCCGCAAAUUGCGCUUGCCUGCAAAAAAGGACAUCUUUUGCUAGAAAAAAAAAUAACGAAAAAUCUAAAAAAAAAAAUCGACAAACAGCAAUCAAGUGUUGCUGUAAGCAGAUUUCAAAAAAACGCUCGAAAGCAAGUAACCUUUAAUUAAAAUAAAUAUUUAUUCGCACUCCUUAGCUGAGAAAAAGCCGAAUAGAGCAGCAGUUCGGCCAACACGAAAAUCUUUUUCAAAUUAUUCAUUCAGACAAUAUUAGAUUUACGCAUGUAAUUUAAACGAUUUUUAUUAACAACUUAAGUCAUUGUUUGUGAACCAAGAAAAAAAUACUUGCUUUAAGUUUUUGAAAUUUCAAAAGAGAAAAACAAACUGUGUAUUCACGCCAAUUUUAAGGCAAGACAAAGUUUUUAUACAUUUUAAGGCUAAAACUUAUUGUAAAUUUGUUAAAACACAAAACCUCUAUCCAAGCGCUUAUUGCACUAAUUUCGUACAAACGGGCACUCAGACACACACACACCCAAAAAUAUUUCAAGAGUAAUUCACCUAAAGUCACAAAUACAUACACACACAGACAUAUAUAAGCACACAAACUCACUUGUUAUGGAAAGUCAAACGGUUUGGAGGGAUGCGUGAUCAACAAAAUAUUCAAGAAAAUUUUGGUACAAAAAAAAAUUUAAAAAAUUUUAAAUUAAAUGAAGAGAAACUAAAAACCAACUCGUAAACGAACACUAAAUGUAGCAAAGGAAACUAGCACAGCAAACAGACUAGGACAACAACAACAGAAAAUAGAUGACCAAAAUUAUGUAGCACA